CCCUAUAAGUGCUCGUGGCCCAGCCUCCUAGAGGCCCAGAGAAAGAGAGAGAGAAAGAGAGCGCGCGCCGCACAAACCUCCUGGCCCCAGGCCGCCGGGCCAGCCCACAGCAGGCCCCACAGCAUGUGGGAGCUCCGGUCCAUAGCCUUCUCCAGGGCCGUGCUGGCGGAGUUCCUGGCCACGCUCCUCUUCGUCUUCUUCGGUCUUGGCUCAGCCCUCAACUGGCCACAGGCCCUGCCCUCUGUGCUGCAGAUCGCCAUGGCUUUUGGCCUUGGCAUCGGCACCCUGGUGCAGGCUCUAGGUCAUGUCAGCGGGGCUCACAUCAACCCGGCCGUGACCGUGGCCUGCCUGGUGGGCUGCCACGUCUCCUUCCUCCGAGCCAUCUUCUACGUGGCCGCCCAGCUUCUGGGAGCCGUAGCAGGGGCUGCGCUGCUCCAUGAGAUCACGCCAGCAGAAAUCCGCGGGGACCUGGCCAUCAAUGCUCUCAACCACAACACCACAGCUGGCCAGGCGGUGACUGUGGAGCUCUUCCUGACGCUGCAGCUGGUGCUCUGCAUCUUCGCCUCCACCGACGAGCGCCGAGGGGACAACCUGGGCAGCCCCGCCCUCUCCAUCGGUUUCUCCGUGACCCUGGGCCAUCUUCUUGGGAUCUACUACACUGGCUGCUCCAUGAAUCCUGCUCGCUCACUGGCCCCGGCUGUCGUCACCGGUUUUCUGGAUCGGACCCCUGGUUGGCGCCAUCCUGGGCUCCCUCCUCUACAACUACCUGCUGUUCCCCUCGGCCAAGAGCCUGUCGGAGCGCCUGGCGGUGCUGAAGGGCCUGGAGCCGGACGCCGACUGGGAGGAGCGCGAGAGGAUGAAUCCUCCGAGCCAGCCACUCCGAGGAGAAGAGGAAAGGAGAGUUUGAAGGGAAGGCCCUCAGUCCAACCCCUGCCUUACCCCUUCUGGAAAAUUCCCCCAAGCUGCAGCACCAGGCCUCAAGACUUGCCCUGAUGCAUUGGUGGAGGUGGAGAAGUAUCAACCAGGAAACAGCCCCCCCUCCUCCCCCCCCUCCCCGAAUGGCAUCUAAAAAAGGAGGGCUGAGGCUGGGUGUGGCAGCACACGCCUGUAAUCCCAGCACUCCGGAGGCUGAGGCAGGAGAACCCUGUCUCAAAAAAGAAAGAAAGAAAGAGGGCUGAGCUGCCAAAGAUUUCCUCUCUGCCCUUAGGCAGGACUCUUCCUGUACAUCCACAGGUGCAUGCAUGCACAAACACGAGACCCCCAUGGGGGGAGGGGACAGACCCACAGAUUAGCCUUCUUCUUGGGUGGAGAAAACAAAAGCCCUUUGUGGGCCCCUGGCCUUUGUCUUCAGGAGGGGGAGAUUUGCAACUAGACACUUCUUGAAAGCAGACACUCAGUUUCGCAAGUGAGCCUCUGGCCCAGCUCACACCUAUGGCUGGCUGGGCAGGGCACUCAGGCGUGCAACCACCACACCAGGCAGCACACCAUCUGGGUCCCACUGCUCCCCCGGCCCCACGGAGCACUCCUCCCCCCAGGAGUCUCUGCGCCCUCCCUCCCUGGGGGUGGAACCAGACAGUCCCUUAAAUUGGGCGCCCCUUCUCGCUUCCACACUGAACAUUUACUGUGGACUCUGUGGACCAGAAAAGGAAACGACUUGCCGGGGGCAGAGGCAGAUCUGAACCUAGAACCCGGGUUUCUACAUUUCCAGGCCAGUGCAAUGGUUCUCAAGUGAGACUGCAUAGGACUGAGACCACGCGUAUAAAAAUGCCGGGUGAAUAGUAAUUCUUAAUACCAGUAGCACCCAUUAUUAGGAUGAUUCUCACUAUUUCUGCUUCCUCAGGAAGGAGGAGGGAGCAGAAGAGGCCUGACCUUCAGCCUCUUUCCCCUCUUUUAGUUGGUGGUCAAAGCAAAGGAGAGCUCAGGAGCCCCAGGUUCCGGGCAGAAGGAAACAGGUUGGGCUGGCCCCGUUCUGGGCCAGCCUCUGAACUCUCAUUACCUUGGGCACACACCAGCGGUUCCUCCCCUUCUUUCCCCACACCAUCCGGGCCUUUCCUCCCCCCAGCCUGCCGCACAACUGGCCGGGAUCACACCUGAAGCCCUUUUCUCCAAGUUCUCAGCUGCUCCAAGCUUUCAAGGCUUUUGUCUGUUUGUCCCCCACUUUACCAGACUCCCGCUGUGUGCCUCUUUCUCCCCAGGCCUCCUUCACAGAUAGACCAUGCACAGGGACAUCUCUGUUGCCGCUGUGUGCUCUCAUGCAGGCUCUUUUUUUUCUGUCUUCCUUGACCAAAGCUCUCUUUGAAGUGAGAAGAAGGCUUGCUGGGCGAUUGCUGCUGUGGGGAGAACACUGCCUCCAAACCCCCUUCCUCCUGGUAGCUGAGUGUCCUUGCCCUAGAAGGUCGAAAGCAGCAAGGCACCUCGUCCACGCCCCACUGCAUUCUAACAAACAAGGCACCAAGCAUCUCUGUCUGUCUGUACCACUUCCUAGCUUGAGUCUUGCCAAAACACAAAUGUGAGAUUCCCCACUACUUCUAGCCCCUACUGCCCAGAUUGGGUUCAGAGGCCAGGGCAGGAUUCCAAGUGACAGGGUGGAGGGAAGUUCACAGUUGCUGAGCACCUGAGUGCCAGCCACCCUGCGACUGCCUUAUCUCAUCCUAAAACUGCAGUCAGGAAGGACACUGAGCCCCGCUAUGCAAGGUUUAACUAUUCCCAAAGCACUCCCUUAGCAUCCCUGUGAUUGCUUCCCAACCCUGUGAAAUAGCUAAAUACUCUUCCUAUCUGAUAAAUUCAGAAGCUCAGGGAAAGAUAAUGGCCUACAACACACAGUCAUUGGAUCCAAGACUUAAACUCAGGUCUUCUUAUGCAAACCCCCAUAAUCUUUUCCCUAAGGCAAGCCCUGGGCUCCUCCUGGGAGCCCCUGAAGAAACCAGAACACUCAGCUGGGCCUGUCCAGCCCAGCCCAGUCCAGGCCACUGUCUGCGAGUGGACACAGAGUCUGGUAGGGAGGAGGUGAUAAAGGACACAGGGCUGGUUUCUGCCUUUGGAGGCCACCCAGGGAGGUCAGAUAUAGGUCACACCGGCCAGAGAUGAGGCAGUUUGGAGACAGACCUCAGGUCCUUGAGCUGAGCUGAGAGGAGAAGGGGGCUGACCACAGGCCCAGGAACACCCUUCUCCACACCCCACUUUGUGCCAAAUGAUCUGGUACCCGCAAAAGUUGCUGUGAUGUUUUGUUCGUCUGAGCUGUGAUUUCGCGUGUAUCCAAUGUCUUCCAGCUAGACUGUAAGCCCUUCGGGGCAGAGCGCCUUGCACUUCCUGGGUGGCAUUUUCCUAUCUAUCUUCCCUCCUUGGUCCUUGUCUAACCUUAUCUUACUAUAAGCUCUGCCUAUAGUAAGCACUCAAUAAAUGCUCAUUUAUCUAUCAA